AAAGGUCUACACAGGAAAAAAGGUGGUCCCACUCCGAAAACACCGUUUCCAAGCAGGCGGUCUCAACUUUUUCUCUCCCGUAUCGUUUCUUCGCUAAAAUGAUACAAAUCCAUUACCAAGCUUUCCUUUUGGACACAGCAUGUUCUUGUUAUCAGUCACUUGGAGUUUAGUGUCUGUUCUGUCGGACUAAAGUUUUAUAAAUCUGAGGUAAAAUGGAGAGAGGAGCUGAAUUUGGGCUGAGGAGGCUGGCCCUGGGAAUCUCUCCUUCUUCUUACUCCCUCCAUCGGCUGUAAGAAAACCCCUCUCGAGAUCAACAGCAAAUUUCUCAUUGCCUCUUAUUUGGACAGGUUGAAGCACUGAGGUUCAUUGUUGAAGUGAGUGUGGGACUGGAAGUUUCCUCUUGUGGCAUUUGCCGGUGUGACUCUGCACCGUGCACAGAUUGGAUAUUGCCUGUGAGAUGAGGAUGUGCUGUUGGCAACAGGAAGGAAGGAUUUUGACGUGAUGGGGUGCAGGACGAGUAAAGUCCUCCCAGAGCCACCCGCUGAUGUCCAACUAGACCUAGUCAAAAAGGUAGAACCUCAUCAGACCGAUGUCUACAAAAACUUUAUCAAAUAUGACGGUGGCGCUGAGAAAACGGCGUCCGCUCAGGACCAAUGCCAGGCUGCGGCAAAGGUGAGUCAAUCUCCUCCUCCGGCUACCGGCCAGCCGGAGCCGGCUGAUCCACACCGAAAGAAAGUUGCCAAAUACAGGGCCAAAUUUGACCCUCGAGUGACCGCUAAGUAUGAUAUCAAAGCUUUGAUAGGUCGGGGCAGUUUCAGUCGGGUGGUACGGGUGGAACACAGGAGCACGCGGCAGCCGUACGCCAUCAAGAUGAUCGAGACCCGUUACAGAGAGGGCAGGGAAGUGUGCGAAUCUGAACUCUGCGUCUUGAGACGCGUGCGGCACACCAACAUCAUCCAACUGAUGGAGGUGUUUGAGACGGCCGAGCGGGUUUACAUGGUGAUGGAGCUGGCCACUGGGGGAGAGCUGUUUGACCGCAUCAUCGCCCGUGGGUCUUUUACAGAAAGGGAUGCCACACGGGUACUGCAGAUGGUUCUUGAUGGGGUGAAGUACCUCCACAUGCUGGGCAUCACGCACAGGGACCUAAAGCCCGAAAACUUACUUUACUAUCAUCCUGGUGCUGAUUCUAAGAUCAUGAUCACAGACUUUGGCUUGGCCAGCACGAGGAAGAAAGGAGAUGAAUGUCUGAUGAAGACUACCUGUGGAACACCUGAGUACAUCGCUCCAGAGAUUCUCGUUCGCAAGCCAUAUACUAAUGCAGUAGACAUGUGGGCACUGGGAGUCAUCUCGUACAUACUGCUAAGUGGUACCAUGCCUUUUGAGGAUGACAAUCGCAUGCGCCUGUAUCGACAGAUUCUCAAAGGGAAAUACAGCUUCUCUGGGGAGCCAUGGCCAAGUGUUUCCAACCUCGCUAAGGACUUUAUCGACCGUGUCCUCACAGUGGAUCCUAAUGAACGGCUGACUGCGGGCCAGGCACUUAAACACCCUUGGAUUGUCAGCAUGGCUGCUUCCUCCUCCAUGAAGAACCUGCAGCGAUCCAUUUCCCAGAACCUCCUGAAGAGAGCCUCAUCACGCUGUCACAGUACCAAGUCAGCCCAAUCCACUCGCUCCAGCCGCUCCACCAAAUCUAGCAAGGCACGACGCGUUCGCGAGAAAGAACUGAGGGAACUCAACCGAAGAUACCAGCAGCAGUUGUAAUGGUUGACAAUAUGUGUCCUACUAGUUCAGACAAACAGUGGAGAGCGUUGGAGAGUGCAGAACAACACUGCAUCUCGAUUAAGAUGUCAACUUUCUCAUCACGGAGCCAAUUAGAAGAAAACUUCCUUUGAAACUUUCAUACGUUUUCUCUUUUUCUGCUGUUUCUCUCGUUUAUUACCUGUGUUUUAUUUAUUUAUUGUUGGUGUAUUUUCAUUGUCAUGUUGUCUUUUGAAAUUGUCUCAUUCAUCCUUUUAUCUGAUUGUAUCUGUUGAACAGAAGUUUUACUUUGCUGGAAGGACUGAGAAUACAUGUUGACUGUUUCAGACCUUCCUGAUUUUUGCUGUGAAUUAUUUGUUUUGGUACACUGUCAGACAAAAUAGUCAAAAAUAAUUUCUCAAGCUGUCACUGGGGUGAUAUCCUUUAAAAAGGUCCUAAUAUGUACCAUUUACAUACACUCUAAAAAAUGCUGGGUUGUUUUUAACCCAGGGCUGGGUCACUAUUGGACAGAACACACUGCCGGGUUAAAAUGACCCAACUGAUGGGUUAUUUUAACCCAACUGCUGGGUUGUUACAACAUGGAUGAUUGACAGUAAGCCAGCAAUUGGGUUAAAACAACCCAGCAGUUGGGUCAUUUUAACCCGGCAGUGUGUUCUGUCCAAUAGUGACCCAGCCCUGGGUUAAAAACAACCCAGCUUUUUUUAGAGUGUACAGAUAUGUAUACAUUUGGUACCAAUAUGUACCUUUGUUGUACUAAUAUGCACUCGUAGGCACCAAUAUGUGUUUUUGAGGUACCAAUAUGACCUCUUUAGGUGCAAUGGUGUACUUUUUGAAAGGGUACCGCCCCAGUGACAGCUAGGGACCAUUUUUUCUGACAGUGCAUCCACAAAGUCAGUUGCUCUUCUGAGAGGGGAAAUGUGCUGUUUAUGCAUUAUUAAAAAUAAACCAAAUGGCCUUAGAAAAGUAACCAUGCAGAUCACAUUUAUAAUGACAAUGCAAUCUCUUGAUAUCAAGGGGCUACAAUUGUUUUUCUUGUGCCUUCAUUUUGUUAAACUUUUCCUGCAACCCAGCUAAGAAAGAAAAUUUAAAUCUUAAGAAAAAUUAUUUUAGUAAAAUAGUUUUAAGACUCUUAAGUCUCAAGAUUUGCCUUAAGUCUUAAGAUUUGGUAAGUGAAAAACUCACUAUUCAAUUUUAACUUUAAAGUUUGUAGCAGAAUUGUGGCAGUCACCUUUGUAGGAUGAUUCAUGACUUACACUGUUGGAUCUGUCUUAACAUGCAUCCUGGUCAUUUAUCAUACUAACUAAUAUUGAUCACUCUGUGACAGUGGGUGGCUCAGUGGAUUAGAAGCCUGAGCUUUAUGCUUUGGUUUCUUUCAUUGACCCCAGUUAUUUUUCCUUGGAUAAGCCACUUGAACCACCAUGAGGUUUUUGUGACCCUCACAAGAAAUAUGCCCCCUGUUAGAAAAGAGCAGAAAUAUGCCAAAGACAUUCUCAUGUGCCUAUAUAAAAAGAGAACCAUUUGGGGAGAAAUUACUUCUCAUAAAAAUUUUUACUUUUAAAACUGUGAUAAUAUUGAGAAUUCUGGAAGUAUAUGUUUUAAAUAAAUCAAUUUUUGUGUAAUUUUAUAAAAAUAGCAAUAUUUUGGAUAUUUUAACAACAGUAUUUGACAAAAUAAAUACUUAAAACUUUGUUUUCUUUAACAUUAUUUUACAUCUAAGCUUGCGUAAUUCUCAAACAAACUUUAGAAAAUAAUGUUUUUUCUUCAAUUUUUUAUGUUUAUUAAUUAAAUUCAACAGUUUGUAAAAUAACUUUAAGUAUUCUGGGUUGUUUUUUCUAAGUUAAAAGUUAUUAGAAACACAUUUAACAUCAGUUUAAUGUUGCUUGAGGGGUCAUUUAUGAGUGUAAGGUCCAUCAUACAGUACAUUUUUCUUUCAACAAAAUCCACUAAAAUGCCUUGGUGCCAAAAAUGACUUUGGGUAAUUAUAUGUUUUGGGAAGACCACUGUUGUUAUUGUCUCUAUACCCCAAAUAGUUUUUCUUAAGAAAAGUGUUAUUGUAGCCUAUACAAGUGUUUGUUGUUCAGAUUUAUUCGAUUUACUAUUGAGUCUUAUUGAAAAUGGCAAUGAAAAUACUCUUAAAAGUGCAAAAAUAUAUUUGAUUUAGUCUUUCAUCAACAUGCAUGUAAUGUGUGUUUGUAGCUACAGUUGAAAUAAAACUUCAACUGUUGUUGGUUUAUUGAGUUUAAUCCAACAAUGUCUUUUGAAAAGAUUGUUUUUGUCUUUUUUUAAAUGAAUUGUUAUAGAAAAUGUUCAUUAACUUUUCAAAAUAGUGAAAUCAUUAAUAUUUU